CUCAAUAUUUCGCAUAUUGAACGUGUAACGGAGCAAUAUUUGGAAUGUUGAUUUUAUUUUAGUGUUAAAAAACCAGGUUAAACUCUCGUGUUUCUGAAUAGCUAGAUAUCUUUUAGUAAGACAGUAUAAUUGUGGUUACUCUUGUAAGCGUUUUAAAAAGUAGCAGUAUAUGUUUUAGUCUUUUCCACUGUCUUUAAUUUAUUUUGACUUCUAGUCAGUCUUUAUCAAGAGAUACAUAACCCCUAUCAUCAUACUACCAAGAUGGCAUCUGCUCCCGGUGGAUCAGCUGCUGAGGAAGAAGAGCUUACAAUUCCUCGUGCAUCCAUUUAUAAACUUAUUAAGGAAAUUUUACCGAGCAACACUCGUGUAGCCAAUGAAUGUAGAGACCUCAUAGUAAAUUGUUGUACUGAAUUCAUCCAUCACAUUGCCUCGGAGGCCAACAACAUUUGUAAUAAGCACCAGAAAAAAACUAUCAAUGCUGAUCAUGUUCUAGAAGCACUUGGAAUAUUAGGAUUUGCUGACUACCAAGAUGAUGCAGAAGCAGUUCUUAGAGAUUGUAAAGCAGUGGCUGCAAAGAGAAGACGGCAGAGUAAUCGACUGGAAAAUCUUGGAAUACCAGAAGAAGAGCUAUAUCGGCGUCAACAAGAACUAUUUGCUAAGGCUCGUGAAGAACAGGCGGCAGCAGAGCAACAGCAGCAACAGUGGACACAAAUUCAGGCUGCGGCUGCAGCUCAACUUGCCAAGAGUCAAGCCAGCAUUGAGGAUGAUGAGGAUGACUACUCAUAGCAUUAGUAAACAGACUGCACAUUCUCGUACUGGAUUUUUACAUUUAAAAGUGUGAACGACAGACUGAAGGAACACAUCUCAUAGAAGUGUGGUGGAAGCCGAGGCAGCAAGGUGGGGCUCAUCCCACACCAUCUGUUGCAGCAAGAAAGACUGCAGCCUGGAGGAUGAUUCUGUUGAGCAUCACUGUUUUGAUGGUUUUACUGUUAGUGCACUUUGAUGGUUCUUAAAUUGGGUCUUCUGUGGAGUUCAUUAGCGGAAAGAAACCAUUGAUAUGAUGCAAAAGACACUCUGCUAAUGUAUUCCUUGGAAGCCCUCUAAUAGUUGUACUCAUGUUUGUUGUGAUUCUCCUUUCAAGGCCACACUGUACUACUUUUGCUCAAACAGUUGUUAGGAUUGGUCUUAAAUGUUAAUGAUGUCUUUUUCAUCCGGGAUGGAUGAGUUAAGGAUGAUUAAUAUUCAAAACUUUAAAUCUCAAUGUAACUCAAAAGUCAAAGUUAGCCAUGUUGCAUUUCCUGUCUUUCCAUACCUUAGAGACUUGAACAAACUAAUGUUCUGUUCCCUAUUGAAAGAACUGUUACCAACUAUUCAUUUGGUUCUUUGUGGUGUUUCAUUGUUUAAUUAAUGUGAUAGUAGUGAUUGAAAUAUAUUUUUAGUUCAGCCAUA